ACCCGUCCGACGGCGUCUCGCCCCUCCCCCCACCCCCAAAAAUGAUUUAAGGGGUUCGGGGGGGGUGGGGGAGGGGCGGAUCCGCCAUGGGGACCCCGCGGGUUUUGCUGCCCCUCCCCCCCCUGCUGCUGCUCAGCGCCCUCGGCUGUGACGUCACACCCGGGGACCCCCCCUCAGGAGGUUCCCGGGAGCUCUCGGAGACGGAGCUGGGCUGCGGGCUGCCCCGGCCCCUCCCCCAGCCCCGCUCGGUGGGGGGCUCGGAGGCGGGGGAGGGGCGCUGGCCCUGGCAGGGCUCCCUGCGCCGGGGGGGCUCCCACGUCUGUGGGGUGUCCCUGGUGGCUCCACAGUGGGUGCUGACGGCGGCACACUGCCUGCAGGGCUCCAGCGACCCCCGCCUCUUCUCCGUCCUUUUGGGCACCGCGGAGCUGGACAGAGGGGGGGAGGGGCGGGGUGGGGGAGGGGCGGGCGUGUCCAUCCCGCUGUCCCUGCUCCUCCCCCACCCCCACGUGACCCCUCCCCCCUCAAUGACCUCACUGCCCCGGCCCCUCCCCCAGCCCCGCUCGGUGGGGGGCUCGGAGGCGGGGGAGGGGCGCUGGCCCUGGCAGGGCUCCCUGCGCCGGGGGGGCUCCCACGUCUGCGGGGUGUCCCUGGUGGCUCCCCAGUGGGUGCUGACGGCGGCACACUGCCUGCAGGGCUCCAGCGACCCCCGCCUCUUCUCCGUCCUUUUGGGCACCGCCGAGCUGGACAGAGGGGGGGAGGGGCGGGGUGGGGGAGGGGCGGGCGUGUCCAUCCCGCUCUCGCUGCUCCUCCCCCACCCCUCGUACGCGGGCGAGGCCACCAGCGGGGACCUGGCCCUGGCCCGGCUGGCCCGGCCCGUCCGGUUCGGACCCGGGCUGGGCCCGGUCUGCCUCCCCUCCCCCACCCUGCGCUUCCCGCCCGGAACGCGCUGCGUCAGCACCGGCUGGGGGGAGGUGCGGCCUGGAGAGUCCCCACGCCGCCUGCGCCAGCUCGAGGUGCCUCUGCUGCCCCUGGGGCUGUGCCGGCGACUCUACGGCACCGACCUGGGCCCGGCGCUGCCGCCGCGGCCGAUCCAGCCGGACAUGCUGUGUGCCGGACACCCCGAGGGGGGCAAGGACACCUGCAAGGGUGACUCCGGGGGUCCCCUGGUGUGUCCAUCCUCCGGCCGCUGGGUCCUGGCCGGGAUCGUCUCGUGGGGGGAGGGGUGCGGGGUCCCGCAGCGCCCCGGGGUCUACACGCGGGUCAGCGCCUUCUCUGAUUGGAUAGCGGCCCGCGCGGGGGGCGUGGCCUUCGUCUCGCCCCGCCCACGCAACGGCGCCCCCUGGCGGGUGGGAGGACUGGCGGUGGCGGUGGUCAGUGUGGUGGUCAGUGCGGUGGUCAGUGCGGGGGUCAGUUUGGGGUAA